AAGUUAACCAAACAUCGUAGGUGUGCUCUCAGCGAAUUUCCGAUGAGAGUCGUGUCCGCCAGAGCUGAGGUAUUAUUUGUUCUAGCAUCAUACUCCACUGAAUCUUUCUACAAAGGUUCAGUAAGGUAAUGGUAUAAUUAAAUUAGUUCACAUAUUUGAUCUUAUGCCAUUGAGCAGCUAAUUUUGUGACUAAGUGCUCAACCUUGCAAUAUGAACCUAUGUAGCUCGCAAUGCUCAAGGUCUAGUCAUGAUUUUAAUGUGUGUUGCAAUUCCUUGAUGACGGGGUUUGUGUUUUACUAUAGGGUGCAGGAUUCGGUUGGUUCGGAAUUAGUUAUCCACAUAAUAGAAAUUGUUAGUGUUAAAUUUUAGAUGCACUAAGGAACUAUCUCUUAAGUAUUUUAUUUGUUUGUAAGUGUUGUUAUGCAGCUAUACCGAACGAGAGAAACACUCAAAUUACUGAAAAAAUCCAUUGGAAGAAGAAGUAGAGAAGGGUGUGAAUAUAUUUAGUUGGCAAUUUGAGUUAAUGAGGGCAAAUGAAUUGUAUGUGCUAUCGGACCGGGAUGAAUGAAAAUAGGCCUGUGAUUCUUAAGAGGAAAAAUAAUACCAGAUUUCCAAAAAGAAAUAUACACGGUAGGGAGAACUCCAUAUUGUUUUGCCUUAAAAGGAUUAUGAGUUUCUCCAAAAAUGUAAAGAAGGGAAUAAUUAUUUGAAGAUUUGUGCAAAAUCGUACAUAAAUGCACCGAGCAUUUACGUGGUAAUUAUAAAUUUGCGAGUUAAAACUAGCCAUCUUAAUCCAAAUUAACUUGCUCAUGAAACAAUCUAGCUGCAAUACUACAGAAAAUUGAAAUUCAUAUUGCAUAGCUUUGAAAAAGUUAACAUAAGUACUCUUCAAAAGACCACAUCAUCCAAUGCAAAACCUUUCAAUAUUGUAAUUUCGAACUAAGGUUGUAUCUAUGUAAUGCAGCAAUAUCACAGGAAUUUGGGAGGAAACAGUUCAAUCUUUGCUUGUAGUGAAUUGCAUGGAGGAGAUGACGCUUGCGACCUAAUGGUGUUAAUAUUUCCAUAUAUACCAAGGGAAGUUGAAUCCUCUCAAAGACAAACGAGCAAGCACCACCUUUUCUACCAGACCGUGCUUGCAAUGGAAAUUCCAGGGGCAUCAUCUAGGCGCUCGGUGGCCAUGUCAUCAGCCUCGCUGCUAAAGCAAUUCAGGGGCGUAGCAAAGUCGCCAAAAGGGUGCCGCUACAACCCAGAGAGUACCGGCAUCGGGAUUGUCUCGGCUAUUAUGGAACCAACCACUGCAUGCCUACGCAUUGUCGGGCCUCAUAUCCACGCCAACGCGCGUGAGAUCCUAGAGGUUACACUACCAAACCUCUGUUGGAGCAGUAGGCGGCCAUUCCGAGCAUCCAUACUGUCGUGCGGUCUGUGCCGCAGCUGGAUUGGUAGUGGCAUCGUCUACAUGUACAAAUGUGAGACUGGAUUUUGUACCGAAGAAUGUCUCGGCGAUUAUAUCAUGGAGCAAUUGGAAAAACAGACACAAAGGGUGAGGUGGUGUGGAAGAAAAAAGGUGCCACCAAUGGAGGACAAGGAAUGCGAUCAAAGCUGCAUUUUCUUCACCUGCGCUGGCAGCCUGUGAUACACAUACAUGUAUGUUUCAGAGACGUAUGGGCUUACAAGGACUAGAAUAUAUUUCUCACAACUGUAUAACUUGGCGCUUUUGUAAGUAAAAGAAUCUGAUGGUUAGCAAAUAGCAAUACACUUUUGACGUGGUACGAGCGCAUCUCUUCAUUCACAUGUAACGGGGCAUGCAUACCCUCGAGAUAGUGUUACACCACACGUUGGAUGCUAGCUAUACAACACUCUCACGUAUAGAUUGUCACAACUAGCUUGACA